CAUGUAUAUAAACUGUGAGCUCUUCAAAACUUUUUGCCAGUUCUCUCGUUAGACUAGGCAGGAGGAGCAGGGGAUUAAGGAUGAAGAUCCUUUUUAUAGCCACCUUCACCAUUUUUUUGCUGUCUGCUUUUGAUCCAGCAGACUCUUCUGCUCAUUAUGACAAGAUUUUGUCCCAUAGUCGAAUCAGGGCACGUGAGCAGGGUCCAAAUGUCUGUGCUCUUCAGCAAGUUAUGGGCACCAAAAAGAAAUAUUUCAGCACCUGCAGAAACUGGUAUCAGGGAACUAUCUGUGGGAAGAAAGCAACUGUCUUGUAUGAAUGUUGCCCUGGCUACAUGAAGAUGGAUGGAAUGAGAGGUUGUCCAGCAGUUGCUCCUAUUGAUCAUGUUUAUGGUACCCUGGGCAUUGUGGGAGCAACCUCUACUCAACGGUAUUCUGACAUGUCAAAGCUGAGAGAAGAGAUUGAAGGACGGGGAUCAUUCACAUUCUUUUCACCAAGCAAUGAAGCUUGGGAGCUGUUGGACCGAGAAAUUCACAGUAAUUUAAUUGACAAUGUAAAUAUUGAACUGUACAAUGCCCUCCACAACCAUAUGGUAAACAAGCGUAUGUUGACAAAGGAUCUUAAGAAUGGCCUGACUCUUGUAUCCAUGUACAAUGAUCAGCAACUGCUUAUUAAUCAUUAUCCUAAUGGGGUUGUUACUGUCAACUGUGCCAGAAUCAUCCAAGGCAACCAGAUUGCUACAAAUGGUGUCGUUCAUGUCAUUGACCGUGUCCUGACUCCUGUUGGAAAUACCAUUCAAGAAUUUCUUGAAGCUGAGGAUGAUGUCUCAUCUCUUAGAGCUGCUGCCAUCACAUCUGGUGUAUUGGACACACUUGGAAAGCCUGGCCAUUACACACUCUUUGCUCCUACUAAUGAAGCUUUUGAGAAACUUCCACGAGGAGUCUUGGAAAGGAUCAUGGGUGACAAGGUGGCCUCUGAAGCUCUCAUGAAGUUCCAUAUUUUAAACACUCUUCAAUGCUCUGAAGCCAUCAUGGGUGGAGCAGUCUAUGAGACCUUGGAAGGGAGUACAAUUGAAGUAGGUUGUGAUGGUGAAAGCCUGACUGUAAAUGGAGUCAAGAUGACAAACCGCAAAGACAUUGUGACAAGCAACGGUGUUAUCCACCUCAUUGACCAUGUGCUGAUUCCUAACUCUGCCAAGCAAGUUAUUGAGCUUGCAGGUGACCAGCAGACCACCUUCACAGACCUUUUGGCACAGCUAGGAUUGACUUCUUCUCUAAGGCCAGAGGGACAAUACACUCUGCUGGCUCCUCUGAAUGGUGCUUUCUCGGAUGACACUUUGAGGAUGGACCUACGCCUUCUUAAACUGAUCAUGCAAAACCACAUUUUGAAAGUGAAAAUUGGCCUCAACGAGCUCUAUAAUGGACAGAAGGUGGAGACCUUGGGAGGAAAACGACUCAGAAUCUUUGUAUACCGCACAGCUGUAUGUAUUGAAAAUUCAUGCAUGGUAAGAGGCAGCAAAGAGGGAAGGAAUGGUGUUAUUCACAUUUUCAGACAGAUCAUCAAACCAGCCGAAAAGUCACUGCGUGAAGUGUUGAAGAAUGAUAAACGCUUUAGCAUAUUCCUUAAUCUGGUGAAAGAUGCCGAUUUAGAUGAUGUUCUAUCACAACCUGGAGAAUGGACUUUGUUUGUCCCAACUAAUGAGGCCUUUAAAGGCUUGACGGAUGAGGAAAAGGAAAUACUGAGAAGCGACAAAAACGCUCUCAGGACUAUUCUUCUGUAUCACCUAACAAAAGGAAUUUACAUUGGAAGCGGUUUUGAACCUGGUGUGACAAACAUUCUCAAAACUAUCCAGGGAAGCAAACUGUUCUUGAAAACAGUAAAUGACACACUUCUGGUGAAUGAAGUGAAAUCAAAAGAAUCAGAUCUCAUGGCAACUAAUGGUGUUAUUCACGUUAUAGAUAAACUCUUGUAUCCAGUAGAUGUACCUGUUGGAAAUGAUCAGUUGCUCACCAUCCUUAAUAAGAUGAUUAAAUACAUUCAGAUUAAGUUUGUUCAUGGCAGCCACUUCCAAGAGAUCCCCCUGACAUUUUUCAGCACGAGAGUGAUCGAAGGGGAACCAGAAUCAAAAUUGUUUAGAGAAGGCGAGACAAUAACUAAAGUGAUUCAUGGAGAGCCUAUUAUUGAAACAUACACCAAAAUAAUCGAUGGCCAUCCUGUCGAGGUGACUGAAAAAAAAGUGACAGAAGAGAGAAUUAUUCAAGGUCCUGAAAUUCAAUAUACCCGAAUUACUGCAGGUGGUAGAGGAGAUACGGAGGAAAAUUUGAAGAAAUUGCUUGAAGAAGAGGUUACCAAGGUGACCAAAUUCAUUGAAGGGGAUGGUCAUUUACUUGAAGAUGAAGAAAUCAAAAGGCUCCUGCAGGGAGCUGGAACUGAGUACACCAAGGUUACUAAAGUAAUUGAGGGAGAGCCACAGAUUAUCGAGAGAGAAAUCAAGGAAGUCCAUCUGGAAGGUUAGUUUGUCUAAUAAUGCAAUAGCACUGAGACCAUCUUCAUCUGCAGUGAUCAUCCCUGGUGGGGUUUUAUAGUGUCUGUACACAUACGUUGUUUAGCUCUGAAACUACAGUUUUAGCUGGAAGAGUUUUGUCAAUUUUUUUUUAAAGAAUUUGAUCGUGUGCUGACAUUGCAGAGAAUCAUUUCAAAGUUUGUUUUGAGGCUCAUCCUAAAUAAAUUAAUUGUCAUGUGUAGUAGGUAAAAAAUGUCUACUGCAAAAUCUAGGCAAGAAUACUGAAAAAUGUGCACAAUAAACUUACUGCCUUUUCUGUGAGCAGCACUACAGGAAGAGUAUGUAAGUUCUCAAUAACUUUAGUUUGUUUCCUGUUUCAAUGUUCAUCCAUUAUGCUAGGGGUUCUUGACUGCGGGGUCACAGUCGCUGAGGGCGCGGGGGGAAACCUAGACAGGUGUCAGUGGGUUGCGACCAUUCUUCCCUUCUCAUAUUGUUAAAUGGGAAGGAGGUUCCAGUUGGGGGUUCUGGAACAAUUUGCAUAGUGGGGGUGCUGAAAGCCAUUGAACUAAACUAUAAACACUGGAUAUGAUGGAAACCACUGCAACCCAGGGGAUGCAGCAGCACUCCUAGUUCCAGCACUUGUGGUUACAGUGGGAUCUGAGAUCCAAUGAGAUCCCAGUAUUAAAAAGAUUGAGAAUCACUGGACUAUGCAAUGAAAUUCUUAGGGACAAAUUCAUUCCUGGCUUAUGCCUGGGCUGAAUUUAGAUGUUCUAGUUUAACUUGCAGUUACUUGCAAGUUGCUUAUCUAACAGGACCCACUGUGAGUUAAAAUAAAGCAGUGAUUUCUUGUGGUAUUUGUGUGUGUUCUCUUUGAAAUAGCAUUUCUAAUCAUUCAAAAUCGGUCACUAAAGUUUAUCUAUUUCUUAACUAUUCACAUUCCAGAUAUAGGAUACAUAGAAACAAAUAGAGCUUCUGGUGAAUGAAGUUUCUCAUAUUAUCUGAAGUACCAAGAAAUUAGUUUGUUUCAACUGUAUUUUCAACUUAUGUUAACUUAAUGGAUUUUACAAAUGUGAAAGAAAUGUACAUAAAUAGUCACAUUGUAAUUGUUCAAAAUGAAGUGCCCAGUAUUUGUGUUUACAGGACUCAUGAUAUAACUGUAUAGAUAAGGGGUGGCUAAACCAUGGCUCGCAAGUUGCAUGUUUUUACAGUUAAAGAGCGGCUCGCAAAGCUCCCCAUAUUCGUCCCCCCAUUCUCUGCCUACCAAACUUGGGGCUGGAGGAGCUCAGGGCUUCUGCCCAGCAGAGAGAAGGGGCUCAGGGCUUCAUCAGAAGCAGGGGUGAAGCCCCAAACCACAGCUGGGAGCCCCAAGCCCCGGCAGGUGCCUCCCGUGGGGCUGGAGUCCCAAGACCCGCCUUCCCUCAGCCCUGAGCGCACCUGGAACCCCGGCAGCCAUGUCCCAGCUCUUGACCAUCUGAAGAUUGUCAUCCGCAGCUCGGCGGGUCAGUAAGUCUGGCCACCUCUGGUAUAGAUACUUACAGGACAUAUACUGAAUAAUGGUGUGUGAUAAACUCUGGGUUUGAUCACACACAAAGAAGAAGUGGAGCAUUGUGUGUAUAACUUCAGUGAUAAGCAUGACAGGGAAGGUGGAGAAGUCUGAUCCUCCAUGAGUGAGAGAGAUGCCCAGUAGCUAUGAGCCAAAUAGCUAAUGUAACUUUGAGCAAACUCAGCUGGGAGGAACCUGAUUGUGAAAGGACUUGCAAAAUCAAAGUGUUGAUGUAAACAAAGUAAAGUGCAAGGCUAGUUAACUGCAUGUGUUAGUAAAUACCGCCUUAGUUGUCUUAUGAAUUCUAAGGGGAAAAUUCUACACUCAGAUCAAUUGAUCUUGACUCUAUUAUUUUGGUCUCCCUUACAUGUUCAGAACUCUGUUGACAUUAACAGGCAUUCCAAGCAUGUAAUAUCAGUGGCAAAAUAUGCUGUGAGGAUGUCACAGAAGAUCUGUUUUUCUUCCUCUGGAAUAUUUCUCAUAUUUAUGUUUUCUUGCACUAAUCUACAGAUGUGGGUCACAACAUUUAGCAAAUACUUGUAGAGUCACAGAUCAAAUGGAUAUUUUGGAAAACACCUACAUGUCUAUUAAUCAAGGGUGCCUCUCCAACAUAUUACUUGCAUCAUUCCUAUAAGCCUCUCAACUCAAAAGUAGGGAAUUCUGGGAAUCUGAAUUGUAUAUAGAAUGGUGCUGCGACAUCACAAUACUGACUGUACUGUACAUGGUUAUUUGGAACUUCCAACUAGCAUCUCCGAGAUGGUUCACCUUCAAGAACUAUAAAAAACAGUACAAGUCUUAUGUUUAUCUUCUGAGAUCAGUAAGUUAUAAAUUUGCUACCAUUUCCAGGAAAAAAUAGCUUGUCAGCAGCACAAUCCAUCCUAACAUUAAGGAUAGUUCUGUAUUUUUAAAAGAUGAUUUUUGUUACAAUUUGUAGAAUGAACAAAAUGAAAAUGUUUUAUUAUUUUUUCUUAGUACAAGCCUUUGUGUUGCAGGUCAUUAAUAAUCCCAAGCUUAUUAAAUACUUACAACAGUGUUGACUUCAUUUUUUAAGUUAUGAGUUUCAAAUCAGCUGUUGAAUGUACUCUAAUUCAAAUACUUGUUCAUAAAUCACUCCUGACU